UUGACAGCACCUUUAGCCAGAUUCUUUCAAUUACGCUCACCAAACCGACGACAUCUCUAAAACGAUUGCGACAAGAAGACUGCCAAUAAUUUUUCGAUUCUAUGCCUGCCCCGCAAAUUUAGUAUGACCGGUCUCGGCCUCCACAACUUAAUGUCGAUAUCGCAUAUUGAAGAUGUCAAACCAAAAGCGCUCACAGGAGUCUCAAGACUUUUCUGAUACGGAUCACGAAGACACCUCAUCGGAUCGUUCCUCUCUUUCUCUUCAAACGAGAAAACGGCCCCGUGUUUCCGAUUUUGCCGAGUUUCAUCGAUCAGACCAUAGUCUCGCAUUCAGUGAUAUUGGCGGAGAUACCGCAAGAGCAACCACAUCAUCUACCGUUGAUCUGGAGCAGGACGAAGAAGAGCUGGAGUUGCUCGCGACACAAAUCAUCCAAGAGAAGUAUUCUUUCGGCAGUGAUGAACCCAAUGCGCCUUCGGAACAUGGAAUCCUUGAGCGAGUUGAAUGUUAUAACUUUAUGUGUCAUGACCACUUCCAAGUGGAGCUCGGUCCUUUGAUCAACUUCAUCGUGGGGAAGAAUGGCAGCGGCAAGAGUGCGGUCUUGACAGCUAUAACACUAUGUUUGGGUGGGAAAGCGUCAACCACUAAUCGAGGCCAGAGUCUCAAAAGCUUUAUUAAGGAAGGUAAAGAAUCCGCUACUAUCAUUGUGCGGAUUAAAAAUCAAGGCGACGGGGCCUACCUGCCUGACGAUCUUGGAAAGUCAAUCAUAGUGGAGCGUCAUUUUUCUAAAAGUGGCGCGAGCAGCUUCAAGAUAAAAGCAGAUAAUGGGCGCAUCUUCUCCACCAAGAGGACUGAACUUGAUGCUAUUAUUGACCACUUCACUUUGCAAUUUGAGAACCCGAUGAAUGUUCUGUCGCAAGAUAUGGCUCGCCAAUUUCUUAGUUCGUCCAGCCCCGCUGAAAAGUACAAGUUCUUUGUGAAAGGUGUUCAGCUAGAACAACUUGAUCAGGAUUACCGGCUAAUAGAAGAGUACGGUGACCAAAUCGAGGAGAAAAUCAAAAGCAAACAACAAGACGUCUCAGUCCUAAAGAAUCGCCGGGAUGCAGCUGAAAGAAAACUGGAGAUGUCCGACCAGCAGGAAAACCUCCGGGAGCGGCAGAGAAAACUACGAAGACAAGCAGCCUGGGCUCAAGUAGAGGAGCAAGAAAGGAUUAGGGACUCUUUGAUAGCGGAAAUUUCUAGCUUGGACAGCAAGAUAUCCGAGGUUGAGGCCGAAGUUGCGAGAUGUGAUGCCGCGAUUCGAGAGGUGGAGGCAGAAGCUAUUACUGCAGCCCAAUACUGCAGAGAGGCGUCUGCUAAGGUUGACAAUGCCCAAAAUGAGAGGAACGACAUCGAAGCCAGGUGGAACGAAGCUCUGAAUGAACGGCAUGAGCUUCAGGCUGAGCAACGUCGAAUAAGAGAACAUGUAAGAGAAGCAAAUGCAAGGAUUCAGCAACUGCAACAUCAGGUCGAUGAAGAGACACGGCGGCUGGCUGACCUCCAUGGUGGCGGCUAUUCAAGGAAGUUGGAUGAACUUGAGCGAGCUAAACAAGAUGCCAUGGAAGUCCGGAAGCAGAUUGAUGAACUCGAGCAGAAUGCAUCUCAACUUAGUGACGAUAUAAGAGCGGCCGAGAGUCAGGAAAAGGCAGCGUAUCAGCCCGUUGCCCAAGCUAGACGUGAUCUUGAGGAAGCAAACAGCCUACUACAUAAUCUUAACAGGGAAGGUAGUGGCAGAAAUUCAGGGUUUCCUGAAAGGAUGUCAGCUCUUCUUAAAGCAAUUCAGCAAAACCGAUCGUUCACUGAGACACCUGUUGGACCUAUUGGAAACUUCGUGACUCUGCUCAAACCAGAGUGGUCAUCUAUUCUAGAAAGUUCAUUUGGGGCAACGUUGAAUGGAUUCAUUGUCACCUCGAAACGCGAUCAAAGUAUCCUAUCCGAAAUCAUGCACCGAGUCAACUGUCCGACGCCAAUUUUCAUUGGCAGCGGUGGUAGUAUAAAUACUUCCCAGCACGAGCCAGAUCAACAAUUCAAUACGGUUUUACGAGUUCUUCAGUUUGAUAACGAGUUAGUUCGUCGACAAUUGGUUAUCAACCACGGUAUAGAGCAGAACCUUCUUAUCGAGAAUCUCGAAGAGGCGUCGUCUGUGCUAUUUGACGGUGAAAGGCCGAGAAACGCUAAACGGUGCUUUUGUAUCAACAAAAGCGACAGACGUCGAGGUAUUCUUCUUUCCUACAGUAGAAAUGGGGAGCCAAGUCAGGCCCCUGUGUCAGUUUAUUCUGGUAGCCCAAGGAUGAAAUCGGAUCGGGAUUCGCAAAUCAGGGUGCAACGCGAGGCGGUAGCGAAUCUCAGACAAGUUCUAAACGCUCGAGAAGAAGAACUGCGCUCUGCCCAGUCUCACCUCACACGCUGUAGGCAGGCUUUCGAACGGAACGAAAGGAAGAAAAAUUUUCUUGUCAUUGAAAGCCAGAGAAAGGAUGACCGUAUUGAAGAGCUAGAAGAAUCCCUUCAGAAAGAGGGUAGUCAGGACGGAGAUCUUGAAAUACUUCAAGCGUCUCUGCGAGAAGCUCAAGAGGAAAAGCUUACGCAUGAGGGUUCUCUCGACGAUGCUGCGAACGCCAUGACAGAGAUGAUGCAAAACUUGAAAAGGAUCAAGAAAGAACUGGCGACUAAGGAUGCUGAGAUUGCUCGGUUGAAAGAUGAGCUCAGAGUCGCUGAGAGUGAGCAAUACUUGAUCGCCGACAAGCGACGCAAAAGGAUUGGCGAGAAAAAUGCAGCUGUCGAGCUGGUUGACGACACUAAUCGACGCAGAGCUCGUAUGAAACAAAAAAGGGAUAGUGCUGAUGCUGAUGUACUUGAGUAUAUUUCGAAGGCCAGCGUAAUAUCCGAGCGUGUUGAGAUCGAUGAAGGUGAAACUCCAGCCACCUUAGACCGCAAACUCGAGAGAGUCACACGAGAUAUGGUAACUUAUAGUCGAGAGCUAGGUGGCAGUCGAGAAGAAAUCCGCGCGGAAGCGGACACGGCCAUCAAGGCUCAUCAGCAGGCUCUGAAACAGGUGGAAGAAUUUGGGAUGCUUCUUGAAGUUCUCAAAGCUAGUCUCAAUCAUCGUAAGGAGCGCUGGCGUGCUUUUAGAUCACAUAUCUCCUCUCGUGCCAAAGCACAAUUCACUUAUCUUUUGAGUGAAAGAAGCUUCCGCGGGCGACUCUUGGCCGAUCAUGAGAACAAAACUUUAGACUUGCAGGUUGAACCGGACAUUACUAAGGAUAGCAGCGAAGGACGUGGCGCGAGAACCCUUUCCGGAGGGGAGAAAUCAUUCUCGCAAGUCUGCCUUUUACUGGCGCUCUGGGAAGCCAUGGGAUCACCAAUUCGCUGUUUAGAUGAAUUUGAUGUUUACAUGGACCAUAUAAACAGAAAGAUGGCGAUCGAUAUGCUCAUGUAUGCCGCCAGACGGUCUGUCGGUCGCCAAUUCAUACUCAUCACGCCUGGCUCAAGAGCUGAGAUUAGUCUAGCGCCUGAUGUCAUGGUGAAAGAGUUAGCAGAACCAGAACGGGGACAAGCAAUACUGUCUUUUAGGCAUUAGAAGUUGCUAGAAGUACGCCUCUAACUCCAAAGAACUGCUUACUUUAGAGAGACUUCUUUUGAUAUCCCUUCUUUCUGCUUUUCAUAGUAU